AUAUUACCUUUCCAGGAAUCGCUCUGCUAUUUUUUUGGCCCACAUUUAACACGACUUUAAUCAAGCAUAAAUUAGUUAACAAUCGCUCUGAUUGACAUGUAGAACUACAUUUAGUUAGCAACAAAAGUUAUCCGCAAGAGAAGUUUGCUUAAAGGGUUCAUUUUUGUAUAAAUUGCAAUUAAAAUAAAUUUGCAGAACUAAGCAGAAAAUAAGAUAAACAAUUACCAGCACACAAUCGGGAGAUAGAAUUGUGUCCUAAGUGACAAGAGAUAUAUCGAAUUAAUAGAAAUGAAUCAUUACUGCGAUAUGUUGAAACUAUGGAUCUUAUAUGUUACUUUUCUGACUCAUUUUGAUACUGUGGACUCAACAAUAUGUCACACAACGAAAGGCGCGACAUACUGUACUUAUGGCUGCUGUUAUGAUUUCUGGGGAUACUUUUAUUGUUGUUACUACAGUGACACAACCACUACCACAACAACAACGACAGAAUCAUACUACUCGGGCAGUGGAUCUGGUUCAAAUUACAACAGCAAAGCUAAAGACAUGGGCUACGUUGCUUUUGUGGUGGUCCCCAUCAUUCUUGGUCUGAUCGUUGAUAUCGUCACUUUGAUCAUCAUACGUGGUGGAAUCAAAUCAAGUGACAAGGUCACACCAAUCACUGAAGCAAGUGCUACAGAAGCUAACCAAGUGGACCAGACCGAGACUCAAGUCUGGCAAACAGGUGUCCCUGUUGCUGGGUCUAUCCCCAUUGUAAACCCUGUUCCAAAUGGAAACCAAUACUUACCUACAGGACCUAACGUCACGAUGUAUGCUUCACCUCAGCAACCAGUAGGCCACCAGUAUCAAACCUACCAGCCACCUGUAGGCCUACAGUAUCCCACCCACCAGCAACCUGUAGGCAACCAGUAUCCCACCCACCAGCAACCUGUAGGCAACCAGUAUCCCACCUAUAUUAAACUCCCAGAAUAUCCCCCCAGUUACGUGUUCUCCAACGUACCAUUAACAACUCAAGGAACACAAACUUUAUAACUAUUAUUUACUGAAAAAUGCUUUCAAAGCAUUUACAUGCUUAAAAAAUGGUUUUGGUUAGUAUUUAAGAUUGAUUUGUUUAUUUUAAAGAGGGGCUGAUUACUUAUAAAUUUUUAUUUGACCAUCACCAGUCAAUAUAUUUUAAAGAAAAUUCUUCUUUUAUUAUUAUAAUUAUUAUUAUUAUCUUAUUAUCUUUCCUAACCACUAUAAACGUUGUAGACGUGGUAUACACAUGUAUUGUAUUUCUCCUCUCUCUCUCACUCUCAUGUGUAAAAUAAUUUUCAACCAAUAUUGCUUUAUUAUGGGUCACAUAGUAGUCAUAUUGUGUUAACCAUAUUGACCUACACAGAAAUUCAAAAUAUGUUAAUAUAUUUGUAAUGGUGUGAUUGGUAAAACAUUCUAGGUCCACUAAUACCUUUUUAAAAAAAAUUAUCAAUUGAUUUUUUCCACGCAAAAGUCUGUUAUAAUCUUUUUUAUGUUCAUGUACUGGAAUUGAUUGUAGGGAUACACUACUAAAAUAAAUGCCAUUGAAAUUAAACAUAACAGGAUGUUGUUACUUGUUAUUGUCAGCUAGCACCUGACCGCUGGUAGACAACUACACCGUUGUAGGCGUAAUAUAUCUUAACUAAUAAAACGUCUUAUAACUUGAAUAACUUCCUUGUGAACAAAACUAAAUAUAAAUUACUUAUAAUAGAGACCAAAUCAACUUGUGAUCAAAUGAAAUAAAUGUAGUAGACUAACGUAAUAUCUUUGUAAUCACGCCCUAACACAGGACAAUAUUAGUCAUCAUUCGUAUAAGCCUAUGUAUUUAGCUCACAAUGGGAAAGCUUAUCAUCAGUUCAAGACAAAGUGUUUUUAUUUUAUAUUAUAAGGUAAUCAUUUGACAUAAAACAUAUAGAUUUGCAUUAAUAAUUAUCAUUUGUAACAAUAAAUAUAUAUUACCACUGAGAAGAAAAAAAAUAACAGCUA